AUGACGUCUGCGCGGCAUGUUGGUACCUCCGAGCCGGCAGCCAAUCAGCAGUUACCAUCACAAGUCCAUCCCCCAUUCCCAGCAUCAUCAAGCGCGCCAUUUCGUAUGAGUGGCGGGAUGACGUUCACCGAUGAGCGCUCAGCCAAUCAGAUGCGGGCCUGGUCGGUUACCCUGGAGACGAGGCGGGGCUGCAGGAUGAAGCCCCCUCGCCUCCCUCCCCACGCCUCGCACCCUCGCCACCCUCCCCGCAGCUCGCCCCCUCGCCACCCUCCCCGCAGCUCGCCCCCUCGCCACCCUCCCCGCACCUCGCCCGCUCGCCUCCCUCUCCAAGCCUCGCCCGCUCGCCAUCCUCCCAGCACCUCGCCCGCUCGCCUCCCUCUCCAAGCCUCGCCCCCUCACCACCCUCCCCGCAGCUCGCCCGCUCGCCACCCUCCCCACGUCUCGCCCCCUCGCUUCCCUCCCCGCGCCUUACCCCCUCGACUCGCCCGCUCGCUUCCCUCCCUGCGCCUCGCCCGCUCACUUCCCUCCCUGCGCCUCGCCCCCUCGCCGCCCUCCCCGCGCCUCGCCACCUCGCCGCCCUCACCGCGCCUUGCCCCCUCGCCAGCCCCCCGUGCCUUGCCCCCUCGCCAUCCUCCCCGCGCCUUGCCCCCUCGCCAUCCUCCCCACGCCGCGCCCCCUCGCCACCCUUACCGCGCCUCGCCUCCUCCCCACCCUCUCCGCGCCUCGCCUCCUUGCCACCCUCCCAGCUCCUCUCCCCCCUCGCCGCCCUCCCCGCGCCUUACCCUCUCACCAUCCUCCCCACGUCUCGCCCCCCUCGCCACCCUCCGCGCACUUCGCCACCUCGCCACACUCCCCGCGCCUCGCCCACUCACCUCGCCUCCUCGCCACUCUCCGCGCGCCUCGCCCCCUCGCCACCCUUCCCGCGCCUCGCCCCCUCGCCACCCUACCUGCGCUUCGCCCCCUCGCCACCCUCCACGCGCCUCGCCCCCUCGCCACCCUCCCCGUGCCUCGCCCCCUCGCCACCCUCCCCGCACCUCGUCCCUCACCACCCUCCGCAUGCCUCGCCCCCUCGCCGCCCCCUCGCCACCCCCCGUGCCUCGCCUCCUCGCCACCCUCCCCGCGCCUCGCCCGCUCGCCACCCUCCCCGCGCCUCGCCCGCUUGCCACCCUCUGCGCGCCUCGCCCGCUUGCCACCCUCUGCGCGCCUCGCCCGCUUGCCACCCUCUGCGCGCCUCGCCCGCUUGCCACCCUCUGCGCGCCUCGCCCGCUCGCCACCCUCUGCGCGCCUCGCCCGCUCGCCACCCUCUGCGCGCCUCGCCCGCUCGCCACCCUCUGCGCGCCUCGCCCCCUCGCCACCCUCUGCGCGCCUCGCCCCCUCGCCACCCUCCCCGCACCUCGCCCCCUCGCCACCCUCCCCGCGCCUCGCCGCCUCACCAACCUCCCCGCACCUCGCCCCCUCGCCUCCCUCCCCGUGCCUCGCCCCGUCGCCUCGCCCCCUCGCCACCCCCUGCGCCUCGCACCCUCGCCACCCUCCCUGUGCCUCGCCACCUCGCCUCCCUCCCCGCGCCUCGCCCGCUUGCUUCCCUCCCCGCGCCUCGCCCCCUCGUCUCCCUCCCUGCGCCUCGCACCCUCGCCACUCUCCCCGCGCCUCGCACCCUCGCCACUCUCCCCGCGCCUCGCACCCUCGCCACUCUCCCCGCGCCUCGCACCCUCGCCACCCUCCCCGCGCCUCGCACCCUCGCCACUCUCCCCGCGCUUCGCCCCCUCGCCGCCAUCCCCGCGCCUCGCCCGCUCGCGACCCUCCCCGCGCCUCGCACCCUCGCCACCCUCCCCGCGCCUCGCACCCUCGCCACCCUCCCAGCGCCUCGCACCCUCGCCACCCUCCCCGCGCCUCACCCCCUCGCCACCAUCCCCGCGCCUCGCCCCCUCCUCGCCCACUCGCCACCCUCCCCACGUCUCGCCCCCUCGCUUCCCUCCCCGCGCCUUACCCCCUCGACUCGCCCGCUCGCUUCCCUCCCUGCGCCUCGCCCGCUCACUUCCCUCCCCGCGCCUCGCCCCCUCGCCGCCCUCCCCGCGCCUCGCCCUCUCGCCGCCCUCCCCGAGCCUCGCCCCCCCGUGCCUUGCCCCCUCGCCAUCCUCCCCACGCCGCGCCCCCUCGCCACCCUCCGCGCACUUCGCCACCUCGCCACACUCCCCGCGCCUUGCCCACUCACCUCGCCCCCUCGCCACUCUCCGCGCGCCUCGCCCCCUCGCCACCCUACCUGCGCCUCACCCACUCGCUAUUCUCCACGCGCCUCGCCCUCUCGUCACCCUAUCUGGGCUUCGCCGACUCGCCACCCUCCCCACGCCUCGCCCCCUCGCCGCCCCCUCGCCACCUCGCCACCCUCCCCGUGCCUUGCCCCCUCGCCACCCUCCCCGCGCCUCGCCCCCUCGCCACCCUCCCCGCGCCUCGCCCCCUCGCCACCCUCCCCGCGCCUCGCCCCCUCGCCACCCUCCCCGCGCCUCGCCCCCUCGCCACCCUCCCCGCGCCUCGCCCCCUCGCCACCCUCCCCGCGCCUCGCCCCCUCGCCACCCUCCCCGCGCCUCGCCCCCUCGCCUCCCUCCCCGCGCCUCGCCCCCUCGCCACCCUCCCCGCGACUCGCCCCCUCGCCACCCUCCCCGCGCCUCGCCCCCUCGCCACCCUCCCCGCGCCUCGCCCCCUCGCCACCCUCCCCGCGCCUCGCCCCCUCGCCACCCUCCCCGCGCCUCGCCCCCUCGCCACCCUCCCCGCGCCUCGCCCCCUCGCCACCCUCCCCGCGCCUCGCCCUUUCGCCACCCUCACCGCGCCUCGCCCCCUCGCCACCCUCCCCGCGCCUCGCCCCCUCGCCACCCUCCCCGCGCCUCGCCCCCUCGCCACCCUCCCCGCGCCUCGCCCCCUCGCCACCCUCCCCGCACCUCGUCCCUCACCACCCUCCGCAUGCCUCGCCCCCUCGCCGCCCCCUCGCCACCCCCCCGUGCCUCGCCCGCUCGCCACACCCCGUGCCUCGCCCGCUCGCCACCCCCCCGUGCCUCGCCCGCUCGCCACCCUCUGCGCGCCUCGCCCGCUCGCCACCCUCUGCGCGCCUCGCCCGCUCGCCACCCUCUGCGCGCCUCGCCCGCUCGCCACCCUCUGCGCGCCUCGCCCGCUCGCCACCCUCUGCGCGCCUCGCCCGCUCGCCACCCUCUGCGCGCCUCGGCCGCUCGCCACCCUCUGCGCGCCUCGGCCGCUCGCCACCCUCUGCGCGCCUCGGCCGCUCGCCACCCUCUGCGCGCCUCGGCCGCUCGCCACCCUCUGCGCGCCUCGGCCGCUCGCCACCCUCUGCGCGCCUCGGCCGCUCGCCACCCUCUGCGCGCCUCGGCCGCUCGCCACCCUCUGCGCGCCUCGCCCCCUCGCCACCCUCUGCGCGCCUCGCCCCCUCGCCACCCUCCCCGCGCCUCGCCCUUUCGCCACCCUCACCGCGCCUCGCCCCCUCGCCACCCUCCCCGCGCCUCGCCCCCUCGCCACCCUCCCCGCGCCUCGCCCCCUCGCCACCCUCCCCGCGCCUCGCACCCUCGCCACCCUCCCCGCGCCUCGCCCCCUCGCCACCCUCCCCGCGCCUCGCCCCCUCGCCACCCUCCCCGCACCUCGUCCCUCACCACCCUCCGCAUGCCUCGCCCCCUCGCCACCCCCCCGUGCCUCGCACGCUCGCCACACCCCGUGCCUCGCCCGCUCGCCACCCCUCCGUGCCUCGCCCGCUCGCCACCCUCUGCGCGCCUCGCCCGCUCGCCACCCUCUGCGCGCCUCGGCCGCUCGCCACCCUCUGCGCGCCUCGGCCGCUCGCCACCCUCUGCGCGCCUCGGCCGCUCGCCACCCUCUGCGCGCCUCGCCCCCUCGCCACCCUCCCCACGCCUCGCCCCCUUGCCUCCCUCCCUGUGCCUCGCCCCGUCGCCUCGCCCCCUCGCCACCCCCUGCGCCUCGCACCCUCGCCACCCUCCCCGCGCCUCGCCACCUCGCCUCCCUCCCCGCGCCUCGCCCGCUUGCUUCCCUCCCCGCGCCUUGCACCCUCGCCACCCUCCCCGCGCCUCGCACCCUCGCCACUCUACCCGCGCUUCGCCCCCUCGCCGCCAUCCCCGCGCCUCGCCCGCUCGCGACACUCCCCGCGCCUCGCACCCUCACCACCCUCCCAGCGCCUCGCACCCUCGCCACCCUCCCCGCGCCUCACCCCCUCGCCACCAUCCCCGCGCCUCGCCCCCUCGUCUCCCUCCCCGCACCUCGCCCCCUCAUCUCCCUCCCCGCCCCUCGCCACCCUCCCCGCUCCUCGCCCCCUCGCAACUCUCCCCGCGCCUCGCCCCCUCGCCACCAUCCCCGCGCCUCGCCCCGUCGCCUCCCUCCCCGCGCCUCGCCCCGUCGCCUUCCUCCCUGUGCCUCGCCCACCUCCCCGCGCCUCGCCCCCUCGCCACUGUCCCCGUGCCUCCACCCCUCGCCAUGCCCCCCGCGCCUUGUCCCCUCGCCAUCCUCCCCGUGCCUCGCUCCCUCAACACCCUAUCCGUGCCUUGCCCCCUCGCCUCCCUCCCCGCGCCUCGCCCCCUCGCCUCCCUCUCCGCGCCUCACCCCCUCGCCGCCCUCCCUGCGCCUCGCCCCCUCGCCUCCCUCUCCACGCCUUACCCCCUCGCCGCCCUCCCCGUGCCUCAACCCUCGCCACCAUCCCCGUGCCUCGCUCUGUCGCCUCCUUCCCCACACCUCGCCCCCUCGCCACCCUCCCCACGCCUCGCCCCCUCACCACCCUCCCCGCUCCUCACCCCCUCGCCUUGCCCCCUCGCCUCCCUCCCCGCGCCUCGCCCCCUCACCACCCUCCCCGCAGCUCGCCCCCUCGCCACCCUCCCCGCACCUCGCUCCCUCGCCUCCCUCUCCGUGCCAUACCCCCUCGCCUCGUCUCCCUCCCCGCGCCUCGCCACCUCGUCUCCCUCCCUGCAUCUCGCCCCCUCGUCUCCCUCCCCGCGCCUCGCCCACUCACCUUCCUCCCCGCGCCUUACCCCCUAG